AUUAUAAUACACCUAGUACUAUACCACUCACGAGAGUAGAUUGAUUGUUUCAUGCGAUAACAACAACAGUAGAAUAGAAUCCAAAAAACCUAACUUGGGAUUUGAACUCCCAAAUCCUCAAACCCUAACAACAUCGCAGCAAAAUGAGUAUUCGGAAAUUAAGCUUCGAAGAAUCGCGUUCACUGUAUUCGCUUAUCACACAAGAUCAGCGUCCACUCAAUGAGAUCCUCGCCGAUUUCAAAUCCACUGUUCCUCACUCUCGCCAUUUCACUCUCUGUUCAUACAUCGUCAUGAUUCUCCAGGACAAUAAGGUACUUAGCACUACUGAGCGAUUAAUAGCUUUUGCUCUACUAGUUGAGGCUUAUUCUUCCCAGAAUCCAUCAGCAAAUCCCUUCAUAGGCUUUAUCAUAAAUGCUUCCUGUCAUGAUGGGACCAAAAAGCUUGAGAAGGCAUUUAUUCUGAAGUUAUUAGGUGUUGAUGGAUCCCAUAACGGCAAAGAGUUUCUUAAACAGUCUGCAUCAGAUUAUGUGACAAGAUUUGAUCCAUCAAUUAAUGAGUCGCUUUCACUAGAUCAGUUGAAGCUGCAGUUCUCUGAUAAAGUUCAUCAGGAACCAUAUCAUGGUUUAUUUAAAGAUGGUUUUGUAAAAAAUGCAGUUCCUGACCCAGACAUUCCCCCAAAUUGUGAUAUAGAGUCAUCAGAGUUUGAUCGGCGACCUGGAACAAAGCCUAAAAUUGGCACCGGAAAUAAAGAUGAAGCAGUGGUUGGCUUAUUGUCAAAUCUUUCACUGGAAGGAUUAAAUCCUCACUGGAUUAGGCCUCUUCCACCAAGGCUCCCGAUACUUGAUGGGGAGCUAGUUUGGAUCAACCCUAAUGGCAAACCUAUUCCAUCUAUGGUAUACUCUAAUGAGAACCGUGACCGUGAACUCAUGUGGGACCAUGGUAUGUGCAUUGAUACUAGUAGAGGGGCAGUAGUAAGGGACUUAAUUGCAAAAGCUCUGAAGGGAGCUCUUGCACCCAGACAGCAAGAGCUAUUCCUCAUGGAGCUUGGAAAUGAUUCAAAUGUUGUAUAUCACUGCGGACUGACUCCAGGAAAAUUGCCGGAACUGGUCGAAAACAAUCCCCUAAUUGCAGUUGAAAUUCUCACUAAUCUGAUAAAAUCUCCAGACAUAUCAGCAGAAUACUUUACAGUACUUGUCAAUAUGGACAUGAGUCUACACUCAAUGGAAGUCGUGAACAGGCUUACAACAGCAGUUGAACUGCCGUCAGAAUUCAUUCACAUGUACAUAACUAAUUGUAUAUCAUCUUGUGUGAACAUCAAGGAUAAAUACAUGCAGAACAGGCUUGUGAGACUUGUUUGUGUUUUCCUGCAAAGCCUGAUUCGUAACAACAUUAUUAAUGUUAAAGAUCUUUUCAUCGAAGUUCAAGCGUUUUGCAUUGAGUUUUCGCGGAUUAGAGAGGCAGCUGCGUUAUUUAGACUUCUCAAGUCGUUGGAAUGAGUACUGAUUUAGCCUGUUAUUUUUCACUCCUUUCAUGUCCUACCAUUUCAAGACCUCUGUAGAUAUGUCCUACCUGAUCUUUGGUAGAGUGCAAUUGUUUACUUUAACAUUAUGGAAUAUAAAGAUCAUAUUUAGUGUUAUUUUCAUUUAAUUAUGGUUAAAUUAAUGAGUUUUUAUAUUUGA